CUUUAAUUAUAUAUUUUCCUCCAUCUCCACCUCAGCAUACACACAUUAUUUAUGGUGAAUUAUUAAUUAAUCUUCAUCUUCUUCAAUUCAUUAUAUAUAUAUGUGUGUGUGUGUGUGUUGAGAGUAUAGUAUAUAUAUGAUGAAGAGGGAGAGGACGGCGGCGGAGUGGACGAGGGGGCUGGUGGGGAGCGAGUUCUUCCGGCCGUGCGGGGAGCACGCGGACAGGCGGAGGAACGAGAGGAACGUGUUCUGUAUGGACUGCAACGCCGGGAUAUGCAAGCACUGUUUGAGUUCUCCGGCGCACCCGGGCCGCCACCGCUGGCUCCAAAUCUGCAAGUACGUGUAUCGGGACGUCGUCCGCCUCCACGAUAUCCAGAAACACUUCGACUGCUCCACUAUACAGACGUACAAGAUCAACGGGGAGAAGGCGAUACAUAUAAAGCCACGGCCGAGAUCGAAGAAAGACGACAGCGGCGGGAAGACAAAUAAUAAAUGGGGCUGUGAUGCAUGUGGGAGGCAUCUCCAAGAAUUCCCUAUUCGCUAUUGCUCCAUUGCAUGCAGGGUUUCAUCAGAUGCAAGAUAUAGAGACAAGAUAAUCUCAUUUCAGAUUUCACAGUUUGGUGAAGAAGACUUCUCCACAAAAGAGAACACAGAAAAUGAGUCUUGCACUUCCUUGUUAACUGAGUCUUCUGAGCGUAGUAUUUUUACUCUUUUACCCUCCGCAAGUCGGUUCCACGGCCACCAGAAUGUUCCGAUCCCCGUCGCGCCCCCACGCGCUGCCACCCAGUUCCACGUGAAACAAGUCCAUUUCCCAAAACGCCCCCGUCCCCGUUCUCAAACUCCACGCUCUCCAAUGGCCAAAUCCGUCUUUUCCAUUACCCCCAUGCGUAUCGAGCGCGAAAAGCAAGUAGUGGGGGACCCACAUUCUCCCGAAUUCGCUGUUUUUAUUUUAUUUUUCUCUCUAACAGUUCGCAACAAAUCGGAGAGGAGAGAACAGAGAAAAGAGAGAAGUUCUCAACCUCUUUCAAUGGCGUCCGUCAUGAUCGAAGCCUGCACAAGGAGGAGGAAGAGGAGCCGGCGGGGGCCUUAUCCGUUCGAGAAGUUCGCGGCGCCGGGAACCGUCGACGGACUCAGCGGCGGCGUGUUCAGAGACGACGUCCGUUUGUUCCUCCAGGAAUUCGCAGGGGUUGAGGACUACUCCGUCGCCGGAAUGCCUGUUUGGUCUGUCUGGCUCGUAGAAUCGUCGAAUGGAGCUUUGUUCCCUCUCUAUAUUGUUGAAGAAUCGGUUCAGUCCUCUCCCGAGCCUUUCUGCGACUACUGCAAAUUUGCAGGCUGGGGUCACCAUUUCGUGUCGAAGAGAAGGUACCACUUCAUAAUUCCUGCAAAUGCGAACUGGGAGAAGCCUCUGGGAAGCGAUUGCUUGCAGAUCGAGGCUCCUCAUACGCUGCACGGGAUUAUUCACUGCAACGGAUAUGGGCAUUUCCUAUGCAUCAACGCUCUCUCCAGAGAGGAAUCACAUUCAAAUCUGCGAGGAACUGAUUUCAUGGACUUCUGGGAUCGCCUCUGCACCGCCCUGAAAACCAGAAAUGUGUCUGUGUUUGACGUUUCUAUGAAGGGAGGGAUGGAUUUGAGAUUACUUUAUGGGGUAACUUAUGGGAUGUCUUGGUUUGGAAAGUGGGGCUACAAAUUUAACAGGGGAAGCUUUGGGGUGACAGAGCAGAUUUACCAGAAAGCUAUCGAGAGUCUUCAAUCCUUGGGACUUGAUAAGAUCCUGAACGAUUUCCAGAAACUCUGUCCAGGAAGAAGACGGAAGAUCAAACAAGUCAUUGAAAAGUACAGGGAAAUGAGCGAGGAGACAUUGAUCACAAUCAGUGAGCUCUUGCAGUUCAUCAUGCGUUCUCCCGCCUUCACAACUCACCAGAUUCAGAAAACUAAUUAUGACAAGUCAAUGCCCGGAGCAGGAAAACGCAAUAAUGGUUAUGAAUGUGAUCCCAUCCCUGCAGAAGGGUUUCUGAAUAUGCUGGCUAAGAGCGAUUGCAGGUGGUCUUUGAAGAGGCUAGAGAUGGUUUUGUGUACAAUUGUGGACCUUCUGAAAGAAAGAUGUGGCGGGAUGAUGACGAGGCAAGAGCUGAGAGACCGAGCAAGACUCUGCGUCGGGGACACCGGUCUGAUCGACUAUGUGCUCAAAUCCAUCAGCUGCGUCUCUCUAGGGAAUCACACCGUUCGUCGGAGCAGAAAUCCCAUCACUAAACUGCUGGAAUUCAGCAUCGCCGGCGAAACAGAGGCUGAGAAGUUCCCAUUCCUAGAGGGGGUGGUUCACCCGUCGUCUACCAGACACCCUUCGACCAAGAGGGUCGAGUUCCUCGCCCCCUGCGGCAACAAUGUAGGCGGUGGAGACAUUUACGACGACUUGAAGUUGCUCUACGACAGUGUACUCCUCGCUUAUCCCGCCGGGAGGGUGAUUCUGGACAGCAAGCAGUUCGUGAAGGAGUGGGGGUCAUUCCAAGAAGACGCUACUGCGGAGAGGAUGGCAUUGACCUGCCAAGUCCUGCCGAGUUUUGAGGAGCUGGAGACGGAGUUGACCCGGCCUCUGUCGCCGGGGGAAGUGGUGGUGGUUCCGGGGAGCAUCACGAUAGGGGAGCUGAAGAGGGUGGCUCAAUCUGCUCUGAGGGACACCUACUGCGUGAUGGAGAGGUUGGAGGUGAGGCAGGUCGGCGGGCUGAGGGGGAUGGAGGAGGAGAGGGCGGUGAUGGGGUGCGUCGGCGGCGGCGCACACGUCUGGGUGAGAGGGCGCGGCCUGGAUUUGGAGACGGAGAUGAGGUACCAGGAUGGCGGGUCUACGACGAACUCGACGGUGGAGUGCAUUUGUGGGACGAGGGAGGACGACGGGGAGAGGAUGGUGGAGUGUGAAGGGUGUCAGGUGUGGCAGCACACAAGGUGUUGCUGUGGAAUUGACGACGGCGAGGAUGCUCCGGCGGUGUUUCUCUGCCGUGACUGUGCUGCUGCAGUAGUUGCUGGUGGGAUUCGAAAUGGAUAAUUAUAAGAAGUGUGUUUAUUAAGAAGGAACUGUAAUACGUACACAUUGAUUAUUGCGGAGUAUUAUAUCAUAUCAUCACUUGUAAUAAUCUUAUUGUUAUUAU